AUGGCAACAACAAAUAAUCUAAUAGUAGGUGCACGCUGCGAAAUUCAUGGCGACCGCGGCAUUAUCCGGUACGUCGGCCACACCGAUUUCCAGCCAGGCAAAUGGGUAGGCGUGGAGUUGGAGAAAAUGAACGGAAAAAAUAAUGGGUCGGUGAACGGGAAACAGUACUUUGAAUGCAAACCAAAUCACGGAGUGUUUGUGAGAGCGUCACAGAUAAAGACGAUAUUGCCUUCGGCGGAAGGGGAAUCUUCGAUGGUGCAGGGUCAGACACCACAACCUGACACAUCAUUUUCAUCAUCAAACCGCGAAACUCCAGAACCUCGAUUUGCCCCUGCAAACGAUCCAACACUCCUAAAAGCACGCGAACGUUUAAAAUCCCCGACACUAUUAACAAGUAGUACCGCUGCACUGAGGUCUAGCUCAUUAAAACAACCCAGUUCACCAUCUAGCACACGAACAAGCUUUGCUUUGCGAACACCAACCACACCCACAUUUUCACGACCGAGAAGCUCGGAACAUAUUGAUGAUGAUGCCACAGCCGCCGAUGACACUAUUUUUGAUGAGCCCAUUGAUGCUAGCGGGGAUGUGGACUUGUCGAUGGCUUCUGCUGGUGGUUCAACAGCUCCAAGUCUACUUAAUACAGCUAAUAUUGGUGGUAGCGAGUAUAAUAUGCGAGAGACACCCACGGUUUCUCUAAAAGAGUACGAAGAGCUCCGUUUAAAGCUGAAAAUUAUGGAAAACAAACGACAAGAAGAUCGCGAAAAAAUGCGUGAAGCCGAGUUGUUGAGACAAGAGGCCGCGCAGUUCACUAGCAUAAAACCGAAACUACAAGGUUGA